GUGAAGCUCCAUCCAGUGCUGAGAACAGGAGCAUUUGCGCAGAUAGCCUGCGCUGCCUUCAUCAGAUACACACACGCCUUUCAGCUGGGGAACUUUGUUGUUGUUGUUGUUAUUUCGUCCCGCUUGCCGAGCGAUCCGCCUUGCAAAGUCUCUGCUAGAGGAAGCAGGGCAACUAACCGCUGCUUACCGGACUCGUGUCAGCACCAGGGAUUUUAACAUGGUGAUCAAAGUGUACAUAGCAUCGUCCUCUGGAUCCACUUCGAUUAAGAAGCAGCAGCAGGAUGUGAUGGGCUUCCUGGCGGCCAAUAAGAUCGAAUUCGAGGAGUGUGACAUCGCCGCCAAUGAGGGCAACAGGAAGUGGAUGAGAGAGAAUAUUCCGGAGGAGUCCAGGCCGGCCACGGGGAACCCUCUCCCCCCACAGAUAUUUAACGAAAGCAAAUAUUGCGGGAACUAUGAGGCCUUCUUUGAUGCCAGGGAAGACAACGCGGUGUAUGCGUUUCUGGGUCUGACUGCUCCCCCGGGCUCCAAGGAGGCCGAGGCUCUAGCGAAGAAAGCACAGCAGUAGCAGCUUUACACCGUUUCUACCUGAGACCUAAACCCAGAUCUGGACCCAGACUGACCUGGAACUGAUCCAGGAAUAAAAAGAAGAAGCAACAUUUUCACUCGGCUUAUGAAUACGUGGACUUUUUUUUUUCAGUAUGUUUUUUUUUCUAUUAAUCUGUGUUCUGCUGUGCCUUGUCAGCUGUAGUGAAGGGAGGAGCUAAAGCAGAGCAUUAUGGGUAUCUACAAACAGCUCUGCUUCCUCCUGUUAGCCUCAGCCUGCUAAGCCUAUUGGCCUAAUGACAUGUCAAUCAACCAUUAGCACGGAUGUGUAGCUUCCUUUUUGAGAGCACAUCAUCAGACUCAACAAAAAGUAUGCACUUUCAAAAUUUGCACCACAGAUUCAUCAUUUGGCCGACAGAACGUCACCCAUGUCACCAUCAGACCAUGACACAACAUCUCCAUCUGUUUAUCUUGACAGCUUUGAUUAGAGCAAGUCUUAUGUGUUGAAUCCUGGAAACAUGCUGUGCUACUGCCAAUCACAUCAUCGCCAAACCCGCAGCACCUUCUGUAAAAGCUACCUAUUAGAAUCCCAUUCUGUAUGUUUUUAUUUACUUUAUAUUGUCUUAAUGCUGUUUUAAUAGCAAACUUUUUUCUACGAGAUGAUAUAUGUUUAAAAAUAAUAACACAUGCCAAACUUACAAGUCUGCAUACACAGAGGGAUGUGAAAUAGUUUUUUUUUUAUUUGCUGUUUUUUUUUUUAAAGGGGAGUUGGAUGACUGUUAUGUUUCGCUGUGAGCAUCCUGUUUCACAAUGUGUUGGUAAUCCCCGUUUUACAUAAUCUUCCCGUAAAUAAAAUAAAAACAAGACUGCAAAUAAAACUGCAAGCCUGACUUUCA